UACAAAAUGGCGGAAGGCAGUGAAAGCGAAAGUUGGUUUAACAACCUCUCCACUCUCUCUAAAGAYGCAAUAAGACAAUGCAUCGCCAAAUGGGAGUUUUUAGAAAGUACAUACAGGGAGCAGAUGUUAAAAAAUCCUGAAAUUGCAUCGAAACUUGAGUCAUUUUUACGCGUUUUAUCGUAUCUUCUUCCCGGUCGUUUUGGGACCUCGGAGGCCUUCGCUGAGCUUGUGUACUCAGCGUCUCAGUUGCUUACCUUGAUGCACGAUGGCGUCUUUAGACAAGGAAAAGGCAUAAAGAUUUGUAAUAGUGUAAAAGAUGGGGGCAAGCUGGUCGUUUUGCUAACCGUAGUCGAAUAUCUUGAAGUGUUCAUCGAGCUUGGUGCUGAGAAGCUUCUGGGGGAGGCAGGCAAAUGGUUUAUAGUAGUUAUCAUCCAGAUCUUUAAGGCAGCUCUAAGGUUCGUACUGUUGUUGUACUACAAGUCUGGUAUACAAUGCUCCCCCCUGAUCCCACCGUUAGAUCGCUCUAAACUUCUGAAAGAAGAACAAUCUGAUGAUCGUAGUCACCCAAAUAACGGGGAGGCAAGCAAAGUAAAGGUUUUAUGGCAUGGGUCAAGAACAAAGCGUAGAGUCCGUACCUUAAUGGCUGUCCCUGAAGAUGGUUUUCGCUCCUGGACGCUGCCUCAGCAACAGCAACAGGAACCAUCAACAGCCAGUAAUCAAACUGAGACAACAACCGAGUURACUAAMUGGCAAUUAUUAGGAGAGAGUUUGUACAUAUCCCGUCCAAUUAUUCACCUUKCAAGUAUGUUCCUAUUCGGACAGAAUUCCUGGAAACCAUGGUUACUAKCRUCCACAGCUGAUGUUUCWUCCYUGGUAUUACUGGGUGACUCAAUGAAGCUAAAUGCAGUUGAAAGAGCYGAGGUGUCUAGACGAACUGUCCUGUUGCUGUUCUAUCUGUUGAGAUCUCCUUUUUAUGACCAAUAUUCCAAAGUGAGAAUAAUUGGUUUGUUGAGGUAUUUGAGCAACACUGUUCCYGGCGUCUCUUUGUUGUUGAUUCCCCUGCUGGAAUAUCUUCCAACUUGGCAGAAAAUUUACUUUUAUAACUGGUCUACAUAAUCGGUCUUCCUGUGGYAAAGACCGAAUACCUGGUCAGCGCUCCUUCACCAUAAAUUGACAAUCAGUUAAAAAAAGGCAAAGACACUUGAAGAAUAGUAUGUUUACUCAAGGGAAACGUUAGGUUUGAUAGCAAGUAUUACAAUGUAGAUUGAGUAACAAGUGCUGUUAUGAUAAUGGCUUUCCUUGUGUUUUUAAUACUGGAUGAUAACCACCACAUGAAACCUGCGUAAGUUGUCCCUGCAACAUGGCUACAAGUAUCAUAGGGAUUUAAAACAAUUGCUCAAUAGCCUCACAAUUGUUGUAGCCAUGUUGUAGGGAUGGUAUGGUUGUAGGCAAAAGGUGUGUCUUCUAAUUUGGCUUUUAUUUAUUUGUUGUUUUGGAACUUCUAGACUCAUUCCCAGGCUACUUUCCAGCUCAAAUCCAAGAUGGUGGAUGCUGUUGUUCUCUGAGGACCAGAGACAUCAGUACUUCAUGCUAGACCCUAUGAAUUGGCACUUUAACUAACUUCUCUGUAUUUUUAGUCUUACACGAAGUACUAAGCACCGAAGAGACAGAUGAAAAGUGAUUUCAUGCUGUAUAGGUCGAGAGUGGCAUGGGGACUAGACUAUGAAGCCACAGCCAUUCCUUUUCCAAAAGAGAUUGUAUAGCCUCCUUUGCAGACGUUAUUUGUAUUGGUCCUAUGUUCCCUCUCCAAAUGAUACUAAUAAUGUCUGCAAAAGACUAUAGUGAUUGUAUCACUAGAUUCUAUAGUUUUGAUAGUUAGCUUGUACAGCAUACUUUGUAUCUUAAACUAUUUUAAUAGUAUGUUCAACAGAGACUUGUAUUUUUGUAGAUUAGCCGWGAUAGAGUGAUGCAUUAGACAUCUUACAAUCAUUUGCAUUGCUAAACUAUCUCAGAMAAAUAGGCAGGUGAUUGACUGCUGUCAAUCAAAUAGUCUCCUCGCAGCCAUGGUUUGUUUCGGUUAGGCAGCCUGUGUUGCAUCCGGACAAACCACGGUUAAGUCCGUCUGUGAAACAGUGCCAAAAAGCUUGUUCCGACCCUCGACGGACUAGCAAAGAUAUAUAAAGCGAUUUCUGAUUGGCUGUUACCAAUUCGAAUCAUCUAACACGGUCGAUGAUUGGUCAAUGACUUGUCACAACAAUCAYUAGUACUCAGGCCCUACUGCGAGGAGACUAUCAAUCAAGAUUUUCAUAAAAAAAACAAUGAAUUUUAAAGCAGUAUGUAAUUGCUAAUUGCAGUAAUGAAGCCAGGCUUUAAAGUUU